AUGGAGCCGGGAAUUAUCAAAAAAUUAGAUGAAGUUGUGGUCAAUCGUAUAGCUGCUGGCGAAAUCAUACAAAGACCAGCAAAUGCCUUAAAAGAGCUGCUGGAAAAUAGUUUAGAUGCCAAAUCCAAUUUCAUACAAGUGACCGUCAAAUCGGGCGGCUUAAAACUAUUGCAAAUACAAGACAAUGGCACGGGUAUACGCAAAGAAGAUUUGGCCAUAGUGUGUGAACGUUUUACCACCUCUAAGCUAAGUAAAUUUGAAGAUUUAACUAGUAUAGCUACGUUUGGUUUUCGUGGCGAGGCUUUGUCCAGCAUUAGUCAUGUGGCGCACUUGACCUUACAAACCAAAACGGCCAAAGAUCAAUGUGGCUAUAAAGCUUCUUAUGAAGAUGGCAAACUAAAGGCUCCGCCUAAACCUUGUGCCGGCAAUCAAGGUACUAUUAUUACCAUUGAAGAUCUAUUUUAUAAUAUGCCGCAGCGUAAACAGGCUUUAAAAUCACCCAAUGAGGAGUUUCAGAAAAUAUCCGAUGUCAUGUCUAAAUAUGCGGUGCAUAAUUCAAAAGUCGGUUUCAUGUUGAAAAAGUAUGGUGAGCAACCUGCUUUGAAAACGGCCCCGAACAGUACUCAGGAGUUGAAUAUUCAAUGUAUAUUUGGUGCUAAUAUUGCCAAGGAGUUAAUGGCGGUGGAACUGAAAGAUGAUAUUCAUAGGUUUACAAUGAAAGGAUUUAUAACGAAAGUUAAUUUUAAUGCCAAAAAGGGCAUCAUGUUGCUGUUUAUCAAUCAUCGUUUGGUGGAUUCAGCAGCUUUAAAAACCGCCAUAGAUACAGUCUACAGCACAUAUUUACCCAAAGGCAUGCAUCCAUUCGUCUACAUGAGCCUCGAGUUGGAACCCUCAAAUGUUGAUGUCAAUGUUCAUCCCACAAAACACGAAGUUCAUUUCCUAUACGAAGAUGAAAUUAUAGAAAAAAUCAAAGCACAAGUAGAGGCACAACUGUUGGGCAGUAAUUCUACACGUACAUUUUACAAACAACUUAAACUACCAGGCGUAACAGAGGAUGUGGAAGCAAAUCAAUCAUUUAAAAAUGCUCUGGGAGAGAAAGUUUAUGCUAAGGAUAUGAUUAGAACUGAUAAUAAAGAACAAAAACUGGAUAAGUUCUUGUUUAUGGGUGGAGUUUCAAAAAGUGAUUCGGCGGGUUCUUCAAUGAGUUUGAGUGGUGGUUCUAGUGGAAGUUUUCUGGGAGAAGAAAGUUUUCGUGAUGUAGCUGCCAGGAAAUCGAAGGAAGUACGCUUAACUAGUGUUUUAUCAAUGCAAAAGAAAAUUGAAAAUGGCUGUUCAGUUAGUUUGAGAAAGAUACUCAAGGAAAUGGUGUUUGUGGGUGUGGUCGAUAAACAUUUUGCCUUGUUUCAACAUGAAACUAAACUUUAUCUAGCAAAUACUUUGAAAUUAAGUGAAGAAUUAUUUUAUCAGCGCAUGGUGUAUGAAUUUCAAAAUUUAUCUCAAAUCAAAAUAACACCCAAUAGUUUACCCGUCAAAGAUCUAAUUUAUAUUGCUUUAAAUUCUUCUGAAAGUGGCUGGACAGAGGAAGAUGGUGAUAAACAGGAGUUGUCUAAAAAUGCGGCAGGGAUUCUUCUAGACAAAUCUGCCAUAAUGCGUGAAUAUUUUUCAUUAAAUAUUAACGAACAAGGAGAAUUAGAGACUCUACCUUCUUUACUAAGACAGCAUUGCCCCAGUAAAACAUUUUUGCCUUUAUUUAUGCUGCGCUUAGCCACCGAUGUUGAAUGGGAUGCCGAAGAGGAGUGUUUUGAAACGUUUUGCCGUGAAACGGCCAAUUAUUAUGCGUUAGUAUCGGAAGUUGAAAUACAGGCUGAUGACAAACGUCAUAAAUGGCAGGUGGAGCAUGUUUUGUAUCCGGCUUUAAAAAGGUAUUUAUUACCCAACAAUGAAAUGAAGAAACAUUUUUAUGAAUUAACUAAUUUGCCCACACUCUACAAAGUUUUUGAGAGAUGUUAAGUUUAAGGAUAUGCAUGAAUUUU